AUGGACUCCCUUAAGGCCACUUACAGAGACGAAGAUGAUGAAGAUUCCUCCAACAACAACACUACCAGCACCACCAGCAAUGGUCUCACUGAACCUAUCCGACCCAGCACCACUAUGACCACCGUUACCCCCACCACAAUUACCACCCCAGAUACCGAACCUGAACCUCUAAAUGGCAUCAAAGAAGAACCCAUUGGCUACCCAUCUUCUGAGGAAAUCUACGAGGACAACCCACAAACUCAAGAACCCCAAGAAGGUUCAGAAAACCUCAAAGAUUCGCCCAAAUUCACCAAAGUCUCCGAAACCGAAGACGAGGAGGAAGACGAAGACGAAGACCCACCUCCCAAAAAGCAAAAACAACUCUCCUCGUUGACAUCGCCGGUCACACCUAAACCAGAACGCCAAGAAUCUCAAGAAACAGCGGCAGUUCCUAUACCAACAACACAACCCACAACAGCAAUGCCAAAACCGUCCGUUGCUUCAAGCAAGAAAUCGAAGAAGAAGGGCAACAAUGUGUGGACGAAAUCCACAUCAAGAAAAGGUAAAAAGAAAAUCAAGUGCAAUAACCAUAACAACCAAACAGAGGAUACAGUUUUGAUCACUCCAAUUCCGAGGUUUCCUGAUAAGAAUGAUGAUAGCCCGGAUAUGGAAAUCUGUCUUUCGAAGGUUUACAAGGCUGAAAAGGUUGAAUUGAGCGAGGAUAGAUUGAGUGCUGGGAGUACAAAAGGGUACAGAAUGGUAAGGGCCACAAGGGGGGUAAUGGAGGGGACAUGGUAUUUUGAGAUUAAGGUGGUGCAACUAGGUGAGACAGGGCAUACCAGACUCGGGUGGUCAACAGAGAAAGGGGACUUACAGGCGCCUGUUGGGUAUGAUGGGAAUAGUUUUGGGUAUAGGGACAUUGAUGGGACUAAGAUACAUAAGGCUUUGAGGGAGAAGUAUGGUGAGGAAGGGUAUAAAGAAGGUGAUGUUAUUGGGUUUUACAUCAAUUUGCCAGAGGGGAAUUCGUAUGCGCCAAAGCCACCCCAUUUGGUUUGGUAUAAGGGACAAAGGUAUGUGUGUGCACCAGAUUCAAAAGAAGAUCCUCCAAAAGUAGUGCCUGGUGAGUGA